AAAAUGGAGUGCCGCCGCAGAAACUGGUGAUGGGGCUACCCAUGUAUGGUAGGACAUGGAAAUUGAAGGACCCAAAUCAGAAUGGAAUGGGAGCUCCUGCAAAUGGGACAGGACCUGGCUAUUUAAGGGUCAUGAAGUAUAGUGAUAUUGUGGAUUUUAAUCUGGCAAACAAUGCCUCUGUUGUGUUUGAUGAGGAGACCGUAUCGACAUACUCAUAUGCAGGAACCGAUUGGAUUGGGUAUGAUGACAUGGAAUCGAUCAGCAACAAGGUGAACUUCGCUCGAGCGAAUGGCCUCGGUGGAUAUUUCUUCUGGGCAGUUGGAUUUGACAAGAACUGGACCAUCUCUGAAGCAGCUUCCAUGGCAUGGGACUAUCAAAGCUGAACAAUGGGGAAGAGUUUGACGAGGGCUAAAGGUUCUAUGGAUAACUUAGAUGAGGCCUACAGGGACCCUCUCUCUCUCUCCCUCUCCC